AUGUCGGCUCGCAGGCAAAUGGCCUAUCAACCUCGAACCGAAAAGCACACCCUCAGAUUUAAUGAGAACGGUACAUUCCAGAUCUCGGUUUUCAACGACCUGCACUUUGCCGAAGGUACAAUGACUCCUAGACUCAAUUCAAGCCUCAAGACUGACAAAUUCAUAGAUGACGGGAAAGACAACAAGACACAGAAGGUGAUGGAAACUGUCCUCGCUUCUGAAGAUGUGCAACUGGUCGUUCUGAACGGCGAUUUGAUCUCCGGUGAGGCAACACAUGCCUCUAACUCCAGCACCUACAUUGAUCGUGUUGUUGCACCGCUAGUCAAACACGAUCUACCCUGGGCAUCGACAUAUGGAAAUCACGAUAGCGAGGUUAAUCUGGAUCCGGCCGAGAUGUUCCGCCGCGAGAAAAACUAUACGAGCAGCUUAACCCAAAGAAGAGUCUCGGGCUCCACCGCCGGCAUCACAAACUAUUACUUGCCAAUAUUUGGACAUGAUGCUUCCAAUGAUACCACACCCGCAUUUAUACUAUGGUUCUUCGACAGUCAGGGUGGGCAUUACCCGAUGACGAAGGACGAUAAUGGAACAUCUGUUGCAAGACAAGACUGGGUAGAUGAUUCGGUUGUUAGAUGGUUCAUCAAGACAAAUGAAAAUCUAUUAUCUACCUACGGCAAGCCGAUCCCAUCUUUAGCUUUUGUCCACAUACCCGUCUAUCCGAUGCGGGCAUUCCAAGUCACGGGCGUUAGUCCAACCGGUGAACCAGGAAUCAAUAAUGAACGAGUUCAGCAACAAGGCUACUCCAGCGAGUCCGGAUACCAUGCACAAGAUUACCCAUUUAUACAAGCUCUUUUGAACACCACGGGACUCGUGGCGACCUUCAGUGGUCACGACCACGACAAUGACUGGUGCUUCAAAUGGGAUAGCAAGCUCCCCAAUCUGAAUAUUACAGGAAAUGGAGUCAAUAUGUGCUACGGGCGACAUACUGGGUAUGGAGGAUAUGGCAAUUGGGCGCGUGGCGGAAGGCAGAUCUUGUUGGAUCAGCGAUCACUAGAAAGUGAUAUGCGGAGCUGGGUUCGGAUGGAAGAUGGGUCUAUCUCGGGUAACGUUCAUCUCAAUGCGACGUACGGCCAGGACCAGUAUCAUUUGGUGGAUAGAAGUAGAAGUGGACAAGAAGGUGUUGCUCCUCAAUACUUGGGUAUUGUCUGGCUGUGGGUGUUUGUGUUCUCUUUCUUCACGUCUGUAAUAAGGUUAUAG